CCGAGAAUGGGCUCAGCACGAAAUGCUGGUCGAGAAAUGAGGAGUUGUCGAUCCGAAUCCCGGUGGUGGAUGGGUAAGGUCUCGAGAUCAACGGGGCGGUACGCGGUGAUUCCGGGGUCCCGCUUCACAACAGUGAUGGCGUCGGUAGUGGCUGGGCUGGCGCGGCAAGGUCGGCUGCUGGGCGCGAGUACGAGGCCGGGCUAGCUUCGUGGGAGGACGUCACAGAUAGCUGGGAAGAGGAUAAGACUCGCUUGAUUGAAGAUGAGCGAGAUGGGAUUGUGGGAUUGCUGGCGAGCAGACACAAGCCUGGGCAAAGGGAAAUACGAGGAAAGAGAAACAGGAGGCGGAAGGGUGUGGGCAGACUGUCGUCGACGGACUCGAC